AUGACUUCUGGAAAGAACGUUUCAUUAGUGGUCUCCCUCCCCUGUUCGCAGACAAAGUUAACCAAAAUCAAAGAUAGGUUUGAAGGAAAAAUCCCUUACGGAAUUUUAACUUAUGGAGACAUCAUAAGCUUCAUUACCACCGUAGGGAUAGACCUCUGCACAGAUCUAAAACUUAAGAAGCAACUUAAGAGUGACAGUGCUUCCAAAUAUGGGUUAGGAACCUUCUGUCAAGAUUUUGGAUUUGCUAACCUUUCUUCUCCAUUUAGUAAGAAACAUAGGAAAAAAUCCUAUAAGUCUCAUAGAAAGUCCAAACCUAGAAAAGAGUCCUCAAAAAAGGAGUCUUAUAAAUCUAGUAGAAAAACUAGGAGAAAAUCCUCUAAAAAUAAGGAUGUUUGCUGGACUUGUGGUAAAACUGGCCAUAGAGCUAAAGAUUGUAGAUCUGGCAAUAAGAAUAAGCUCAACCAAUUAGGUCUCUCUGAAGAAACCAAAGAGAAAAUAUUCUCUAUAGUGGAAGACUCUUCAGACUCUUCUUACACUUCCAGCUCUUCUAGUGACGAUUAUAGUGAUGAAGAAUUUAUCAACACCGCAUAUGAAUCCGAUUGA